GGUCGACAUCGUUAUCCAACCGAGCUGAGAAAUGAAUCCCGUUAUUCGGCACUUCGUACCUCUGUGUAUAAUUGGUUUCGUCGGAUGCCUACCCUUGGACUUGGAUAUGACGGCCGGACUUCGAACUAGUAGAUUCGUUGAUGAAGGAAGUCUUCUUGAGGGAGACAUCAUCUCAUUGAAAAAUAUGCGUCCCAAGAAUCUUGUUCGCAAACCAUCAGAGCUCUGGCCAAACAAAAUAUUUCCUUACACGUUCAGCAAGGAUUUCAACGAUCUACAAAAAUUUAACGUGGAAACCGCUUUGCGAGAUUUGGCAUCUAAAACGUGCAUCCAAUUUCGGGAGAGAACUGACGAGCCUACCUUCGUUGUUUUCAAGAAUUACGCCAAGAUUUGCGCCUCAGCAGUUGGCUACGCAGAUCUUCGAAACUUCGGAGGUGAAAUGCCAAUUUACGUAUCAGCUCCCGGAUGUGAGAGGAGAGGGCAGAUUCAGCACGAAGUGUUACAUUCGUUGGGUUUUUGGCACGAGCAUGCUCGUCCUGAUAGAGAUGAAUAUGUCACCGUUCAUUGGGAAAAUAUUCGUCCUGGUUCGGAAAGCAACUUUGAACCAAGGACGUGGGACGAAACCGAUACUCUUGGUAUGCCCUACGACCUUAAUAGUGUUAUGCACUACAGUGAUAAGGCCUUCAGUAGAAAUGAAAGCCCGACGUUGACCGCAAAAUAUCCUCCAUUGGACGUGAAUAUGGGUCAAAGAUUUCGAGUCAGUAAACUCGAUAUUGCUAAACUUAAUCGUCUUUACGAGUGCGAUAAUCGGUAUUACAAGGGAUAUGAGCUUGAAGCGUAGUU